GGCACCCUCCUGCCCCUGUUCUGCCCCCAAGCACUGCUGCUCCACGACCCAGCAGCAUCUCUGCAGGCUCCCAGGCCGAGGUCUGGAGCCCAGAGAAACUGCAGUGCUCUGCCUCCACCUUCCUCUCCCCAGCUUUUCCAGGCUCCCAGACCUAUUCUGAGGCAGAGCUCCUUCCAGUUCCAAUCCUGGCUUCCCUCAGGCCACCACUGCGAUCUUCAGCCCCUUCCUCUGACAAGCCAAGCCCAGGGAGCCCAGAGUCUGGCCUCCAAAGGACACAUACCUCCCCAUUUUGCUGGCCCCUCUGUGAGAUUUCCCAAGGCACCUGCAACUUCUCUGAAGAGCUGAGGAUUGGAGAGGGUGGUUUUGGGUGUGUGUACCGGGCAGUAAUGAGAAAUACCACAUAUGCUGUGAAGAGACUGAAGGAGGAGGCUGACCUAGAGUGGACUGUGGUGAAACAGAGCUUCCUAACAGAGGUGGAGCAGCUGUCAAGGUUUCGUCACCCAAAUAUUGUGGAUUUUGCUGGCUACUGUGCAGAAAGUGGCUUCUACUGCCUUGUUUAUGGCUUCCUGCCCAAUGGCUCCUUGGAGGAUCGACUCCAUCUUCAGACCCAGGCCUGCUCCCCCCUAUCCUGGCCUCAACGACUGGACAUUCUUCUGGGCACAGCCCGGGCUAUUCAGUUUUUACAUCAGGACAGCCCCAGCCUCAUCCAUGGAGACAUCAAAAGUUCUAAUGUGCUUCUGGAUGAGAGACUGAUGCCCAAGCUGGGAGACUUUGGCCUGGCUCGUUUCAGCCGCUUUGCAGGGGCCAACCCAAGCCAGAGCAGUACUGUAGCCCGGACUUGCACAGUACGGGGUACCCUCGCCUACCUGCCUGAGGAGUACAUCAAGACGGGCCGGCUGGCUGUGGACACCGAUACCUUCAGCUUUGGGGUGGUGAGCCACCAGCCCUUCUGUUGGCUUGGGGAGGGAAAACAACCAGUAAUACUCGAGACCCUUUCUGGUCAGAGGGCUGUGAGGACACAAGGUACCAAGACGAAGUAUCUGAAAGACUUGAUUGAAGAUGAGGCUGAAGAAGCUGGAGUGGCCCUGAACAGCACCCAGGCCACUCUACAGGUGGAUGUGGCCACAGAUGCUUGGGCUACUCCAAUCGCUGCCCAGAUCUAUAAGAAGCACUUGGACUCCAGACCUGGACCCUGCCCACCGAAGUUGGGCCUGGCCCUGGCUCAACUAGCUUGUUGCUGCAUGCACCGUCGGGCCAAGAAGAGGCCACCCAUGACCCAGGUGUACAAGAGACUAGAGUGGCUGCAGGCAGGGCCUCCUUGGGAGCUAGAGGUUGCCAGCCACGGCCCCUCUUCCCCACAGGAGAACUCCUACAUGUCCACCACUGGCAGUGUCCAGAGUGGGGGUGAACCAUGGCAGCCUCUGGUAGUGCCCACAAGAGCCCCACUCCAGGCUGCUCGGCAGCUCCAGAAAAGCCCCAACCAGCCAGUAGAGAGUGAUGAGAGUGUUCCCAGCCUCUCUGCUGCCCUGCACUCCUGGCACUUGACUCCAGGUAGCCACCCAAGCCCAUCAUCCUUCAGAGAGGCUGGCUGUACCCGGGGGAGUACCACCCAAGAAUCAAGUUUGAGGAUUGUCACAGGCUUCCAGCCCACAACUAUGGAAGGCUCAUCCAUGGGCAGUUCCUCCUCCCUGUCAUCAGAGCCACCACAGAUCAUCAUCAACCCAGCCCGACAGAAGAUGGUACAGAAGCUGGCCCUGUAUGAGGAGGGACUCUUGGAUAGCCUGCAGCUUCUGUCAUCAGGCUCUUUCCCAGGCUUGGAUUUAGAACCUAAAAACAGACAGGGACCUGAAGAAAGUGACGAAUUUCAGAGCUGAUUUGUCCACCCAGGCAAAUUCCCUCAGACUCAGAUGUCAAAGUUCUCAUGGUUGGAAGUUCUCAUGGUGUGCAACCUCCACAGUAGCCCAAAGGAGUCAGGUGUGGGGCGUACUCUGGCAAAGGAGAAAGAGUGGUGAACCUGCUGUUCUCAGGGUGUGAAUACAGGAAGAGCCUGCUAUAAGCUAAUAGGGCAGGCCAACUCAGGCCAGUAUUUGGGAGCAAGGCAAGCAGAGCACCUAAGGUAGUACAUGACAGAAGACUGCUAGUUACACAGGCCCGGUGGAGGCAAAUGGGGCUGUUUGUAUGGUAGGCACUGGCUCCCUUGAGAGCUAAAUAACAUAUCUGCAGCCUAGGCCUGCAAUAACUGUUAGUCUGUCCCUCUGAACUUCCCCAGAGCCCCAAGAGAAAGUGGCUAUUGUGCUUGUAAAUUGCAAAUGAGUGUCUUAAAGUUUAGUCCACUAGCUGGAAGUGAGCACUCCCAAGAGUUCAGUAGAACCCCCCACCUCCAUCUUGGGUGGGUAUGUGCAGGCCUUGCCCGAUACCUGUGAGCUGCUUUCAUGUGACUGCCUACUAGGCUGGCUGUCCUUAGACCCUGCAAGUGAGCUAUAGAUGCCCCAAAUUGAGCUGUAGACCAAGGUACUGGUUGUGGCAGUAAUGUCUAACAAAGCCAAGCUUUGUGGUACCCAGACAGUGAGAAAACCCCAAAAGCAGAAACAGGGAACAAAGUAAAAGUAUUUGAGGAGGGAGGAAGGCCCCAUUUUAAGAAGCAAAUUUUUGUGUAACCAAGUGUCUUCAAAAGUAACCCAGGGUUAUAACCCAGGCUUAUAGUGAUUCUGUGUUUGAGUCACGAGUCACACUACAUGCCCCUGUGAAGCACUGGUAACAAACAUCCAAUUUGUCCUUGAGUAGUAAAAGUGUGCAUUUUACUGUCUGGUUAAACUUGUGGAGUUUGUUGCACUAAAAGCUUUGUGCUUUUCUAAUGCUUUACAUGUCCUGGUUCUUGAGUAUCCCACCAAAACUAAGGGCCCCAACAUCUUUGCUAUUCUCUUGCCAUGCCCAGACUGGGGAUCGAUUCCCAGUGCUGCUACCCUUGCUUUCGUGUGCCAUUAAGUUUUUUCUUAGAGAUUCCAUGGGUAUUAAUGCUAUUAGAAAUGAAACUUUCAUGUCCUAAUUAUUCAUUAGUCAUAUAUAGAAAUAUUUUGCCUCUGAUCUUUAUUCUGUGACCUUACUUAAAUGCAUUUACCACCACUUGUUUUGGGAUGACUAUUCUGGGAUAGUGUGUAUACAAUUUUCCCAUCUGAAAAUAAAGACAAUUUUACUUCUUCUUUGCCAACCUA